GCUUACAAAAGAAAACAAAUUACUUUAAGACUUCAUUAACUACGACUUUUGUUAUAAUAUUAUACAAAACGAACGUGAGACUUGAGUACUGUACAGCGAAAAUACAACCAGGUCUCACGCCCUCUACAGGUCCUGUUGGCGGUUUGAAGUUAAUGUAGCUACGAGACCUCCAGCCUCAGCAGCAAGCACCAACCCCACUCCGCCGCAUCGGUGGCCGACUUUCCGCGCAGGACAGCGGCUGCACGUCGGACACAGGUUGGGGAGGUGUGGGGUGUUGUGGGGGUGCGGACAGCUCCCGUUGCCGCCGCUGCUGGAUGGACGAAUGGAGCCCGGCUGCGUGCACACAGCAAUGGCUAUGGGGCUGACGUCGAAGAAGGCGUCCGCCCGGAGUGUCGGCGUGGAAAGAAAGAACCUCAUCACAGUGUGCAGGUUCUCGGUCAAAACGCUCCUGGAAAAGUACACGGCCGAGCCCAUCGACGACUCGGCCGAGGAGUUUGUCAACUUUGCUGCCAUCUUGGAGCACAUCCUCAGUCACCGCUUUAAAGGCCCGGCCAGCUGGUUCAGCUCCGAUGGACAGCGCAGUUUCUGGGAGUACAUCCGGCUGGCCUGUGGCAAGGUGCAAAACAACUGCAUUGCCAGCAUCGAGAACAUCGAGAACAUCAGCACGUCUCGAGCCAAGGGUCGAGCAUGGAUUCGAGUGGCGCUGAUGGAGAAACGUCUGUCAGAAUACGUGUCCGCUGCCCUGAGGGACACCAGAACGACCAGGAGGUUCUACGACGACGGCGCUAUCAUGCUGAGAGAGGAGGCUACGGUGCUGACUGGCAUGCUCAUCGGACUGAGCGCCAUUGACUUUAGUUUCUGCCUGAAGGGGGAAACACUGGACGGCAAGUCGCCGGCGGUGAUCGACUACACUCCCUACCUGAAGUUCACUCAGAGCUAUGACUGCCUGAGCGACGACGAGGAUCGGCGCAGCGUAGACAGCAGCAACAGCGAGGAGAGCGUCCCUGAGCAUCCAUACAUCCCACUGGUCACCGAUGAGGAGAGCUGGAGUAGCAAAUUCCGCAAGAUGGAGCAGCGAUUCAAGAUCGUAUACGCCCAAAAGGGCUACCUAGAGGAGCUGGUACGCCUUCGCGAGUCACAGUUGAAGAACGUGGAGACGGAGAACAAACGUCUGAGGGCCAAAGUGGACGAGCUGACCUCGCAGAGUCAGCGUGAGAAGAAGGAGCUGGAGGCUGUCGUGCUGGAGCUGCAGGCUCAGCUCUCGUCCCUUAUGCCCUGUGACUCUUCCCACCUGGGAAAAAACCAUUCCAUCGCGCUCAUCAACCGGUGGGCCACCAUCACCGACCGCCGGGGAGACGUCAAACUCUUCCGCAGGAGGAGUUUUCAUAGUUUGGAGCAACUUUCUGCAGAGAUCAGCCUCAGCUCGGAAUCUCAAAGGACCGAUGAGAGGCAGAACGGAGACACUGCCUGGACCUCAGCAGGAAAGGACAACACACCGUCCAUGUUGGGUCUGUGCGGCUCUCUGGUGUCACUGCCGAGCUCCAAGUCACUGACCAGCCUGAAGUCCAGCGAGUGUCUGGUCAACAUCAGCGCCGAGCCCAGCCCCGCACUUUCCCCCAGCUAAGGGAUCCCACCAGCCCACCCUUCUUUGCCUUCCCACUUACUCCCUCCCACCCGGACCAACCGCCAACGUCUCCGUGAAUGUACAGCAGGAAUUCUGGUCAUUAUUGUCCUCUCUCUCUCUCUCUCUCUUGCUCUCACUCUCUCUCUCUCGCUCUCUCCCUCUCUUUCUCUCUCUCUCUGUCUCUCUCUCUGUCUCCCUGCCUCUCUCUCUCUCUCUCUCUCUCUCUCUCUCUCACUCUCUCUCUGCCCCCCCCUCUCUCUAUCUUUCGCACAGCCAUUUUGUUGUCUUUCUGACAUCACAACAACACAAUUCAGAUGUCAAUACUGUACAACCAAAACAAACACGCAGCUUUGGAUGUGCUAUUUCAGCCUAUUCCCUUCUUUGUAUGCUUCAAAUCUGAGAUUAUUAUUAUUACUAUUGUUUGUGUUGCAAUAAACUGCCUUUUACACGA